AUGUUAAAGUUUUUGUCUCUUCUUCUGCUUCUAUUAAUUCAUGCUGAUGGAAAAAGUACUUCAGAUUCAUCCAAAGACUUAAUAAACUCAAACUUUGACUCUAGCUCAAUCGACGAAGGCCGUAAAAGUAUCUAUCAUCCAGCCCAAGAAAGCACUGCUCGUCAAAAGGAUAACAAUGCUGGAGCGAGUGAAACCAUAAGAGGAGAAACUUCUUCUGAUUUACUUAGCAAACCAACAGUUUAUGAAAAUCAAAAAGAUGGUAAACUUCAGAAAGAUGUUCCACUAAAAUCAAAUAAAGCAAGCCUAUAA